CUGACAGAUGAAUGGCAGCAGGAGACAGUGGUUGCGCAUAAAAAUGGACAGGUGCCCCUCCCUGCCCGACCGGAUCUGACUUGUCACACGCGGUGAAUGUCGUCUUGUCCUUCACUCCGUCGCUCCGUCCGUCUCUCGGAUGAUUUGAUUCCAUCCCCCUCCAUCCCCCCGCCUCACCGCCUGACGCUUCCGUGAUAGCGGUAUCAGCACGUGACACCCCUUUACAGUCCCGCCGUCUAUACUUAUCCUUUUCUGCUCCCGGCGCCAAUUCGGCCUCAAUGGACGUCCCUGGCCAAGGCUCACAAGUGCAGCCUCUCCUUGAUGAGGCCAAGACACUGGUCUCCGAGCUCUACCAUCCCGCCAACACGGGCGACCCGGCGAAGAUCAAGGCCAUUAAUGAGCAACUCCAGGCCUUGCAGAAGAGCCCCCAUGCAUGGCUGAUCGCCAAUUAUCUCCUUGGUCAUCAGGCCACGGAUUUGAGAUUCUUCGGCGCUUUGACGUUUACGGUCAAGAUCAAUCAGGACUGGCAGCAGCUAAAGGAAGGUGAGGUCCAGGAACUCCUCGCCCGUCUCAUCGAUCACUAUGUGUUCCUGGUCAAUGGAGGCGAGCAGGCGAUGGUCAUUCGCAAGCUGGCUUCGAGUCUGUCCACGAUCUUUCUGAAGCCCAACGCCCCGUGGACUCGUGCGAUCAAGAGUCUGGCGGCCUCUUUAGCCAAUGGCAAGUACGUCCCGGAACAGCAGUGCGAGUCUUUCGAUUUACAAACCGCCAUCCUUCCGGCUAUGCCCGAACGAUUUGUAGCCAGUCUGUUUCAUUUCUCCAACACCCUUGCCGAAGAAAUAAACAGAUCAUCGGAGUCACGCCAACCUGGAGACAGUGAUCGCAUCUCGCAGAAUGUUGAGGAUGCGCUUUCACUCGUCAACUUUGCUCUUCACAAUGUCCUGCAGAAGCAGGCCAGUGGUAACACUAUCCCGGGUGAAGGCCCCGGACCUGAGAUUGUCAAUGCAUAUCACUCAUGGAUGUCUGUCCGAAGUGUAUUCCAGCGCGACACCGGACCCAGCUCGCAGCUUGACACCACAACAACCUACGUGGUCCAGACCUUGAACGUCCCCAGUUUCUCCAAGACCGCAGGGCAGGUCCUGGUUGAACUCUUGGAUUGGCGAGAUAAUACAUUCAGCCCAUCCCAUCUGGACUCGAUCCUGGAGUACCUCGUUAACGAGGCUGGUGGCACGCAUGUGAUGGGACUAUUAGACGGCGACUUUGAUGAUGAAAAUAUGACAUAUCUCGAGCUUUUGCUAGGCUAUGCAUCACUCAAGCAAAGGGAUUUGCUAAGGCAAUCCAUUGAUCCACAACACGCACGGCUGUUGGAAUUACUCCACGCCGUGUUCCAGGCGUCCGGACACGCAGCAAUUGAAGAUGCGGCCAGCCCACUGCUGGUGGAAUGGUGGACGGAAGUUGCAGACGAUCUCCAGGAAAUUCUGCUCGAUGCCGAGGACCAGUCUGGAUUCGAGUUUGCCAAACAGAACCUAGCGCGCGCGGCUACGGACUGUUUCACGAAGCUGCACUGGCCGGAACCAUACGAGUUGCGGGAAUGGAGCGAUGACGACCGUGCCGAAUUUGGAUCCUUCCGCCGUGAUGUUUGCGAUUUCCUCUUGGCCAUCUAUCCCAUGUUGGGGGUGGAGUUGGUCCAGGUGUUCCAGGAGCGCGCCAAAUCGUCCCUGGCGCAGGAGAAAUGGACCACUUUCGAAGCGGCCAUCUUCUGCAUUGCGCAGCUUUCCGAGGCUGUGGAUGAAAACCAGCAUGCCGACCAAUGUCUGAAUUCGAUUUUCUUCAGUGACGAGUUCGCGCGGCUGUGUGAGAGCAACGAGGGACAGAUCCCGGACAAGGCCCGCCAGACCUUGGUAGACAUGUUUGGAAAAUACCAGUCAUACUUUGAACGCACCCACGUUUUACUCCCCCAGGUCUUGACAUUCCUGUUCGCAUCGCUUAAGGUAGCCUCGUGCGCCUCUACAGCGUCCCGAUCUAUCUCCUACCUCUGCAAAUUCUGCCGCAGCGCUCUCACCUUCGAGCUGCCCGCAUUCAUGGCCCAGUUCGAGCAAUUCCGCAUGAAGCCUACGGCUACGACCUCGACUAUGGAGAAAGUGCUCGAGGGAAUCGCAGCGAUCGUGCAGACCUUGCCGAGCGAUGAGGAGAAAGCACACAUACUCGAAGGAAUCCUGAAAUCCUUCCACGAACAAGCGAUGCUCGCACGGGAUGAAGCCGCACGCGGCCUGGUUGAUCCUGCCCGCUACCUGGCUCAUAUGGUGCUGCGAUGCGUGGCCAGUAUCGGCCGGGGUCUCCGGACGGAGAACGAGGUUACCAUAGACGGCGGAUCCGGCGAAGAUAGCAACCCCUAUCCGCCGACUUUUUGGAAUGCGGGUAACGGCGCUGCAUCGCAGAACCUAAUCAUGCAGUGUCUGCAGCUCCUCAUGACCGACUUCCCAUUGGACGUGGCCAUCAUCGAAGCGGCAUGCGACAUCCUCAAGGCCGGUUACACGGAGAGAACGGGCCCGUACGUCUUCCCGCCAAUGAUGACGGUCAGCUUCGUCAAAAGCAUCCCCUCCGGCAGCGCCGGCACGGACAUGGUGAUGGGCACCGCCUCGGCCUUCCUCGCAUCCCAUAGCGCACACCCAGAGCACGUUCGCGACGAGGCGGUCGCGUUGAUUGUACACGUCUACGGCGCAUUCUGCUGGAUGCAUGAAAACCCGGAGUUUUAUGACCCCGAGGUGGCCAACAGCGGCAUGGACUUCCUGACCCGCCUCCUCCCUCGGUACCAUCCCUACCUGUUCGCGCUGACCAGCACGCCCCCGGAGCCCAGUCCCACCGACGCCGCCCUAGGAAACGGCCAGGUACAGCGGCCCCCGGUUCUUCAGGCGAUCUUGAACUUCACGCUUCUCUCGUUGCAAGGGCCAGACCCGCUCCCCCUGCGGUCGGCCUCCCAGUUCUGGGUCAGCGUCAUCAAUCUCCCCACGGAAGUCGAGUCCGUUCAAGUCGGCAUUCGCGACAGUCUUCCCGCGCUCUGUCGCAUUCUCAUCGUGCAGGUAGCCGGGCGAUGUGCGCGAUCCGAUCUGGAGCAUCUCUGCGAGGUGCUGAGACGGCUGAUCUUCAAGCACCAGGGCCACGCCCGCCCCCAUCUAGCUACGGCCCUGUCUGACCUGGGAACCGAGAAUGCCAUGGUCUCGGGCCCCGCCCCGGACGUGGCCACCGUUCAUCAGGAGCGGCAGCGCUUCCUUGCGUCGCUGCUCGCUGCUCGAGGGGCCAAGGCGCAAACGGGACAGUUGGUGCGUACUUUCUGGAUGAAAAGCCGCGGAGCCGGAUUCGAUUACAUUGGGUAGGACUGGAUACAACGGAAGAAUUUUGGCCAAAGGGUGACAAGGUACAGCGAAACAAGUGAAGCAAAAAUAAAUAAUUAUGGAACAACAAAAAAGAAAGAAAAAAAAAGGAAUAGCUCAGACAAGACCAGACCAGAGAAAGAGAAGAGAGAAAUAUGCACG